AUGACGGAUUCCAAAGAGGAGGGGAAGCUGAGAGGCACCGUCGAAUGCUUACUACCUGGUAAAGAACGCAGAGGUUUUGAGGAGAAUGUCAGAACCUGGGAGAGAGAAUGUGAGAGCGAGCACGAUGGUGUUUAUAGGGAAGCAUACCUCCCACCCCAUUCAGAGAGGGGUGGAGGUCCUGCUCCUCGUCGCAGCAUUGCUAGACUGCUCUCCAGGUUCGACCAGGCCUGGCAUCACGUCCCUCGAACGCCAACGGUCACCCUCCUGGAACAGCGACCCUGUGCCCUAGCGAGCCUUCGGCGCGUCCAGGCACCCAACGCGGAGCAGAUUAGGACAAACCGGUCGGUCGUCCUUGCCGCAGCAAAUCAGGAGACCUGGAAGGGCACGACACGAAGAUGUACGCAAGGGAUGGCUGGACGGGCACGGUCCAGUGAUGAGUGA